GUGUCCAACCAUUCAAAAAGGUCGCACUUUGUCUACUUCUCUUUGAAACAAAACACUCGGUCAUAUCUUAUAAGCCAGUUGCCAACUCCUAGACGAUUUUACAUCUUGCAGCUUCGGGCCGACAGGUUAUUGUGAAAAAUUUUAAACCAAUAAGUGGAUGCCACGUGAGCAUACUUACUGAAUCUCAUCGCUUGGUAUCCACCGUAUGUUUUCCCUCCUCAUUAUCCAUUUACUCAGCCACAGAGAGAGAGAGAGAGAGAGAGGAGAGAGCUAUGGUUUCCUCUUCAUUGUCUCCUCUCUCACACUCCCAAUUUUCAUCCACCAACUUCAUCCGUGCGACACCCACUAACAGUCAAAGGAAAACCCAAAUUGGGUGCGCUGUAAAACCCACAAUUUCUGGUUCUUCUUCUUCUUCUUCCUCUUACUCUUUUCCAUUCUGUCGAGUUCUUCACAAGUCUCUUCCUCUUGCUGCUUCUGUUGUUCUUCUCUGGUCAAGUCCAGCUAAAGCCGGAUUUCUGUCCGGGUCCACCGGAAUAGAAUCAGUUCCUGGUCCAAAGUUACCUGAAAUUGAUUUUCUCAACCGCUUUAAUGAAGCAAACCAGAAGAAGUAUGCGGAAGCUGAUGCAAGAUUCAAAUCAUCUCCCCUGCUCAAGGAAUUCCUUGAGAGAUCCAAGACAAACAAAGAAAAGAACCGUCAAGAAAUCCAGGACAAAUACUGCAUACGUGGGGCAGAAUGGGGUGUGGGAGAUUGUUCAGCUGAGGGGAUGUCUCCUGAGGACAAAGAUAAGUUCAUUGCAGAACUGAAGGAGAAGGCUGGAGUGAAAUGAAUGAAGCAGCUGUGGGUAAUGUUUUAUUGGACUGGCAGCAUGGGUAAAUCUACCUUGUAAAAUCACAUUUGGGGUGGUUUCUUACAACAGGAUAGAAUACGCGUCAUUUCUUCUUUCGAUUGUUGUUUUGAAUGUAAUCAGUUGGUAUACUUUAGUUGCUUCUUAGGCUGGUUGAGUGACAGAAACGAUAACAUAUGCAACGACUGAACAUGCUGUGUCUCUUAAUGAGGCAAAUUUUGGUUCAAUGCCUAAUUUGGCUGUUAAUUUUUUUUUUU